AUGAAAACUUCAUCGGCAACGGAGUUGGCAAGUCGAAUAAGCCGAGUUCUAAUCUCCGCUUCGAACCACACAAGGCCGACCCGCUCAUGGAACCCUUCACUCGAGAACAUUCUUCACCAGCUCGGUUGCCGCGACUCACUGAGUCCGUCACUCGUGGCCCGAGUUAUCGACCCCUUCCUCCUCACCCACCAUUCACUCGCUCUCGGCUUCUUCAACUGGGCUUCCCAGCAACCAUCCUUCUCUCACACCUCCAUCACCUAUAAAUCCGUCCUCAAGUCUCUCUCUUUCUCCCGCCAAUUCAACGCCAUUGAUGCUCUCCUCAAGCAAGUCAAAGCCCAGAAAAUUAGCCUCGAUGCUUCUGUUUAUCGCUCCGUAAUUGCUUCACUUAUCAUAGGAAGGAAAACCCACAACGCGUUUCUGGUCUUUAGCGAGGUUUCCUCGCUAAUUAAAGAUAUUGGGCACGAGAUUUGUAACUCACUUCUGGCUGCUCUAGCUUGUGAUGGAUAUUUUGAGCAUGCCCAGAAGGUAUUUGAUGAAAUGACUCUUAAGGCUAUCCCUUUAAGCACUCUGGGGUUUGGUGUGUUUAUAUGGAGGCUCUGUGGACAUGCUGAAUUGGGUAAAACUUUGAGCAUGUUAGAUGAGGUUAGGAGAGGUGGUUCAGAAAUUAACGGGUCAGUGACCGCGCUUUUGAUCAUUCACGGGUUUUGUCAGGCUUCGAGAGUGUCAGAGGCUUUCUGGGUAUUGGAUGAGCUGAGGAGUAGACAAUGCAAACCCGAUUUCAUGGCAUAUAGGAUUGUCGCCGAAGCAUUUCGAUCGACUGGGAGUGUAGUUGAUGUAGAAAAGGUUUUGAAGAAGAAGAGAAAGUUAGGUGUAGCUCCAAGGACUAACGAUUAUAGACAGUUUAUAUUUGAUUUGAUUUCAGAGAGGCGGAUAUGUGAAGCAAAAGAAUUGGGUGAAGUAAUUAUUAGCGGGAAUUUUCCGAUUGACGAUGAUGUUCUCAACGUGUUAAUAGGAUCAGUGUCGGCGAUUGAUCCUACCUCUGCAGUAGUGUUCUUCAGAUUUAUGAUUGAAAAGCAGAGAUGCCCAACUCUUUUGACUUUGUGCAAUUUGAGCAGAAAUCUAUGUAAGCAUAGCAAUACCGAUGAGUUGUUGGUAGUUUUUCAAGUUUUGUCUUCUGGCGACUAUUUCAAAGAUUUGGAGACUUACAAUGUCAUGGUGUCAUUCUUGUGCAAAGCAGGGAUGGUGAAAGAAGCAUAUGGGGUUCUUCAGGAGAUGAAGAAAAAAGGGUUAGGCCCAGACGUUUCGACUUAUAAUUCUCUUAUUGAAACAUGUUGUAGAGAAGAUUUAUUGAGGCCUGCUAAAAGGUUAUGGGAUGAGAUGUUUGCAAGUGGGUGCAGAGGAAACUUGAAGACUUACAAUAUCCUAAUUCGGAAGUUUUCGGAAGUGGGUCAGGUUGAUGAGGCGCAAAGGCUCUUUUACCACAUGUUGGGUAAAGGGGUUGCACCUGACGUGAUGACAUACACAUCUCUACUUGAAGGGCUUUGCCAAGAAACGAAGCUUCAAGCUGCUUUCGACGUUUUCCACAAGUCUGUUGAACAGGAUUUUAUGCUUGCACAAAAUGUGCUGGGUACAUUUACUCGCUCUUUGUGCAAAGCAGGUUUUUUUCUUGAUGCUUCUAAGUUACUAUGCGGCCUCAGUAAUGAUGUAGCACAGUCAGAUUCCCAUGUAAUUUUGCUGAAGUAUUUAGCCGAUGCUAAAGAGAUUCCAGUUGCUAUUGAACACGUUAAAUGGGUUCGACAAACCUCACCCUUGAUGUUGCAAAUUGUAUCAGCUGAACUUUUAGCAUCCCUGUCUUCUUCUUCAAGACUAGAGCCAACUCGACAGUUGGUUCAAACAAUUCAGGAAAUAUCAGGUCUCAAGUAA